ACCGUUCUUCGUUCCCAGGGUUCCGUGAGAGCCGUUUGCCCCACCCCACCUCUUCAACGCUAUCUAUCUCAAUGUACAAUUCUCAGAGAAAAACGGGGGCAAAAAUAAUUCAGAGUAAUACUGCAAAGAAACGUUUCUCAUUUCCCCGACCGGUUGAUCGGAGCAGACGCGGCCCCUCGGCGGUAAAGAUGAGUGUCUCGCCGCUGGAUCAGUGAUUGAAAACACCGCGGUAUGUUCAUGUAUCAUGCACAUGUAACCAUAAUCUACCAUACGGAUUCAAAGGGAAUACAAAAAGCUGAGAGACUUGACAGCGGACUGUACCUGCGCCAAACGGGAAAAUAACGGAGGAUUUUCCACGAGUAUCACCUGGAUAUUGCGUUAUAUUCAAGGACAUCCAGCUGCCAAAAACCGCCUUUGCUCGCCCGGAGAAGCUUUCCGAUGUGAGGAGAAAUACAAAUUAACGUUACGGAGAGAAAAAGGACGGAGAAGGGGCCUUUUUUUUUGGGUCUGGUCAAACCCUCUGAAAAGGCAAGCACCAGAAUCUGUUGACAGGGAGAGGAAAUAAUUUUGGCAUCGGCUAAAAACAGGAUAUUAUUGAUAAGGUUGCUAACAACCCACCCACCCCACCACCACCCUCCUCUAAAAAAAAAAAAAAAAAAAAGGUGUAUAAUGUGACGGAUUUGCGAUAGAGAAAGAAGCCCCGGUGUAGCCUGAUGAUUCACAUGCCGUCAUUUUAAGAGGAAAUAUUUAUUUUUUAAUUUUUUUUUUCACCCGCCCUCUGAUGUGCUUUGGUUAGGUGGAGAAAGGAUUGCAAACAACCCCCCUCCCUCCCUCCUAAAAAUAAUAACCUAAAAUAUAUAUUUAAAGGGGGGCAAAAAAAAGAGGUCGAGAAAAAAUAGGGCUUUGGUUGUGAGUGGAAAUGAAUUGAAUGGCAGUGUGAGAUAUCUGCCGAAGAUGGGCUCCGGAGGAGACAUUUGCUAAGAAAAUUAAACCCAACAGCUUGAAAAUAUAUAUAUAUAAAUCUGAAAGAGCCAGCGUUUGAAUUGAAAACACCUUUAAGGAAGCAGGACCACCGACGUUCAUCCAUGUGCAUUGCCAGGCUGGAAAUAUCACAUCCACUCUCAUAUCAAUGUUGAUGACUUCAUUGCGGAUUUACAGUGAAAAACACAGGAAUCAAGCGUCUGAGAGGGCGGCAUCGUUGCUCUGCUCCUUUCUGACUGAUCUCUUGUUGAUUAAUUGCCAGUAAAUAGCCACAUCCAUCCAUACAUAUCGUGCCAAAGCCUGGCGGGGCCCAUCGUGUACUACCUAACAGGUUUACAUCUGCAUCUGGCAACAUAAAUGUCACCCAUUUUGAGCCAGGUGUUCCUCUGCUGGGCCAGUCUUGGAAUUUAGGAUCCAUUGAUUUUUCUUCUGAUCAACACCCUCCCACCUUCCUUCCUUCCUCCCUCCCUGCACCCACCUGACCACCCACCCAACCAACCAACCACCCUGCCUCCCCCUGAACCUUUCACUGGGUUUUUGGGAAGAUGGGCUGUCUUGGCAAUAGUAAGACUGAAGACCAACGAAAUGAGGAGAAGGCACAGAGGGAAGCCAACAAAAAGAUAGAAAAGCAGCUUCAAAAAGACAAACAGAUAUACCGGGCGACUCACCGGCUACUACUAUUAGGGGCCGGUGAAUCCGGGAAAAGCACGAUAGUCAAACAGAUGCGAAUAUUGCAUGUUAAUGGCUUCAACGCAGAGGAGAAAAAACAGAAAAUUCAUGAUAUUAAAAACAACAUUAAAGAAGCUAUAGAGACUAUUGUGGCUGCCAUGAGUACGCUCACACCGCCAUGUCAGUUAGCCUGUCCUGCAAACCAAUCCCGAAUCGAAUAUGUCCUGAACCAAGUAAACCAGAAGGAUUUUGAGUUUCCUUCGGAGUUUUACGACCAUGCAAAGAUCCUCUGGCAGGACGAGGGUGUGCGGGCCUGCUGGGAAAGGUCCAACGAAUAUCAGCUCAUCGACUGUGCACAGUACUUCUUAGACAGGAUUGAUGUGGUCAGGCAGAAUGACUACACACCCACCGAUCAGGACCUGUUGAGAUGCAGAGUACUGACAUCUGGGAUCUUUGAGACAAGAUUUCAAAUAGACAAAGUCAAUUUCCAUAUGUUCGAUGUUGGAGGUCAGAGGGACGAACGUAGAAAAUGGAUCCAGUGUUUUAACGAUGUGACAGCUAUCAUCUUUGUGGUGGCGAGUAGCAGCUACAACAUGGUGAUCAGAGAAGACAAUCAGACCAACAGACUACAGGAAGCCCUCAACCUUUUCAAGAACAUCUGGAACAACAGGUGGCUACGGACCAUUUCAGUAAUCCUCUUCCUGAACAAACAGGAUCUGCUCGCUGAGAAGGUUUUGGCAGGGAAAUCUAAAAUUGAAGAGUAUUUCCCAGAGUUUGCACGCUACACUACACCUGAUGAUGCAAUACCAGAGCCAGGUGAGGAUCCACGCGUCACAAGGGCAAAGUACUUCAUUCGGGAUGAGUUUCUGAGGAUCAGCACAGCCAGCGGGGACGGACGGCAUUACUGUUACCCCCACUUCACCUGCGCGGUCGAUACAGAAAACAUCCGCCGCGUCUUCAAUGACUGUCGCGACAUCAUACAGAGGAUGCACCUACGGCAGUACGAGCUCUUGUGAUGGGCAGCGGCGUCCGGUCUGCUUAUCUACCUACCAACCUACCUAUCUACCCACCCCACACACGACCAGUUAGCCAAUCACCCCCUCCACUUCCACCAACUUCACCAAACAAGUGAGCGAACAAGUGAGCGACUGACCGCCUGCUCUCCCCUCCACCCCCGAUACAACUUCAGAAUUUCAGAAAAACGGAACAGUGGAAAGACUUUUUUUUUUUUUAAGGAAACACAGUUAAGGAUACACCAACAACAGUUUCAUCAACUAUUAUCCAGGACUGAUUGCUGUGCUCAGCUACACUUUGACCCAGGAAAGAGGGUCAAGACUGGAAUCCCUCAGUGAAGGCUAUCCCUCCUUUUAGCUCUUUCUCUCUCUCAGAUAUAUGAACACACGCACUCGCAGGUACACACACACUAUCAUAAGACAUUCAGAACCCUUAGAUAGGUUUUAAUGUCUCAUAUCACAGCCAAAUACACACACACACACACUUAAAACCUCCUGCUUUUAACAGUUGGCAGAGGCUGGAUUACAUAGUGCAUCCUGAGAGAGGGGUAGUUUAUUCACCGCGUGCUGACGACGAACCAUGAGGAAGAAAAGAAGAGAAAGAUGGACUCGGAGGGUGGCAAACUGAUACAGAGGAGGGCUGUGAGCCUUUUUUUUUUUUGUGCCCGAGGACGGACUAAUUGACUAACAGCUGCCUGUGGAAGUGAGCAUGACUCGAACUUAAGACCACACAGCUCACAUGACCUGCUCUUCAAGAAACCAGUCGAGGAGGGAUGGCAGAAAACAACAAAAACAGAAAAAAAAGAAAGAAAAAUACCAUACAAUGCAUAAAUUCAUGCAUACCAGUGAACUUCAUGCAGUGCAAAAAAUCCAAGCUAUAUAUAUAUAGAUAUUUAUAUAUGUGUGUAUAUAAAUAUGUAUAUAUAUAAAUAUAAAUAUUAUAUAUUCCUGUAAUAACACAAUUCAACUUUUAAGUUUUUGUUAGUUUUUACCCCAUGUUGUGUGUCGGUGUACACUGUGUGUGUGAUCUGCCUUUGUGCACCAUUUAAACCCCCCCUACCUACACACAUACACAUCCUACCCCCCCCACCCCCAACCCUGCUGCUAUUUGACAACUACUCAACAUAUGGAAAAUAAAGGAGAGAUUUUUAUUUAAUAAGGAAAAAAACAACAUAAAAGGAAAAGCAUGAUGUAAAAGAAGUGACUUAACGAGACUGGAUGCAACAUUUUUACCUGGGAACACACGUAUACACUAAUAUACACACACAUACACACACACACGCUCCAGCCCUCACUAGCCCCCUCUCUCUCCACACAACAACCCUCCCCCACCCUCACCUUUCGUCUUGUUCUCUCACCUCUCCCAGUCCCACUUCCUCCCCCUCCCGGCUUUAAGUACGUCUGUCUUUAUUUUACUGCUGGACUAUUAUUCUUGUACAGACUGUAAAAUGUAUUAUUUUGUACAACUUUAUUGAAGAAAAAAAAUAACUUGUAGAAGAUCCCUGUGCCUUGAUCACGACUGUACGUGUAAAAAAAUGAGCUAAUAUGUAAGUUAUGUUUCACUGCGCUGUACAGCUGGACGGGUCUGUCCCACCUCGUCCGUGCUAGCUCACCCCUUCGCUAGGGGGCUGGGGGGGAGGGGCAUCGGAUCGGGAGGGAGGCCUUUCGUCUGUUGCUUAGUUCCCACCCCCCCUCCCCCACAUUUGUUUGUUCGUUGAUUCAUUUGUUUUGCUUUGACUCUCCUCUGGUUUAUAUAAUAGGAUUUGAAGAAAAAAAAAGACGGAAAAAAAAGAUAAUCAGACACACCACCUUAAUGCUGUGUAGUGAAAGAUACUGAACCCUAACACAAUUUAAUAUAUAUAAAAUAUAUUUCAGAUUUUAUAUUUUAUAUAUAUGUACUGUACACUUAUAUCUAUCUCCCUUGUGAGCUGUCCCCCAGCUUUCCUUUGCUUUCUGUCAGUGACAUCUGCAUACAUUUUCAGAAGGUGGCGAUUCUGGGUGCAGUGGGAUGGGUGUUAAUUUUUUUUUUUUUUUUAUUUUAGCUUUAACUCUUUUGAAGGAGAGGGAAAUAUCCAAUUGCAAAACAUUGCUUGUUUCUACAUAAACCAAAUUCUUUUUGCUUAAACAAGAA